AUGACUUGUUUCCCUUUCUCAUUUGGUAAGAAAGUGCCUUCCGUGGCAAAACACAAUCCAGAUAUUGAUGAAGAACUAUCAGGCAUUCAAAAUGUAAGAAUCUUUACCUUCAAAGAAUUAAAAGUUGCAUCAGACAAUUUCAGUCCGGCCAAUAAAAUUGGGCAGGGUGGCUUUGGAUCUGUUUAUAAGGGGUUGCUAAAAGAUGGGAAACUAGCUGCUAUAAAAGUUCUUUCAGCAGAAUCAAGUCAAGGGGUGAGAGAAUUUAUGACAGAAAUUAAUGUGAUCUCAGAAAUAGAGCAUGAAAAUUUGGUUAAGCUAUAUGGUUGUUGUGUGGAAGGGAAUAACCGAAUAUUAGUCUACAAUUAUCUUGAGAACAAUAGUCUUGCGCAAACCCUUCUAGGUUCAGGUCACAGUAACAUCGUUUUUGAUUGGAAAACACGAUCUCGGAUUUGCAUUGGGAUUGCACGUGGGCUCUCCUAUCUGCAUGAAGAAGUAAGACCGCAUAUUGUUCACAGGGAUAUAAAAGCAAGCAAUAUUCUCCUUGACAAAAACCUUACACCUAAGAUUUCAGAUUUUGGUCUUGCAAAGCUUAUUCCAUCAUACAUGACUCAUGUCAGCACGCGUGUGGCGGGAACAAUAGGUUAUUUGGCACCAGAGUAUGCAAUAAGGGGGCACCUGACACGUAAAGCAGAUAUUUACAGCUUUGGUGUACUCCUUGUCGAGAUAGUAAGUGGCAGAUGUCACACAAAUACACGACUACCGAGAGGAGAGCAGUAUCUUUUAGAAACGACAUGGGAACUUUAUAAGCAAAGGGAAUUGGUAGGGCUUGUAGAUAUAUCCCUAGAAGGGCAUUUCGACGCUGAGGAGGCCUGUAAAUUUCUGAAAGUUGGACUUCUUUGCACUCAAGACACUUCAAAACUCCGGCCACCAAUGUCUUCUGUAGUGAAGAUGCUCACUGGAGAAAUGGAUAUUGAUGAAAGUAAGAUAACAAAGCCAGGCUUGAUUUCAGAUUUCAUGGACCUUAAAAUCAGAGGAGAAAACAAUGGUGGGGAUAAUGAUACCAAGGGUUCAUCUUCCUACAAUGCAUCCUCUGCUUCAGACAGCCAGGGUAACACCAUGUCAUAUGCUGCAAGUACAACUGCAACCUUCUCUGCCAAAUAUGAUCAAAGCUUGUGA